AUGGAGUUUCUCUUUGUCGAUAGUAACACCUCAACCGACCGGCGCUCACAACGGCUGAUCCGCAGCCAUGGAAUGAAAGGGAAGAAUGCUGGUAAAGUAAUCCCAGCAAGAGGCCACCGAUGGCGACGCGAAGAUGGACAACCUCCCAGUUACACCGAUGGCGAGCGAGUGCGGGCGAUGCAGGCCGCAUCACCCGCCAACCCUUUCUGCGGAUUCGAAUUCUCUUAUUUUUCGACUUCGGUGCCAGUCACCGCAUCCAGCCGACAGCUCUUCCACGACCUUCACAAUGCAGUCUCGGAGGAGCUGUAUCCUCGUGCCUUUUGCCGCCAGUCGAAUGAGAUCGGCACACGCUGGUUUGAGACCGUGAUGACGAACCCAUGUCUCUUUCACUGCGGCCUCGCCGUUAUGGGCAUCCAUCGCUACCAGCUCUUAGGCCGACGGGACGAGCCCCUUGACUCGACGCACCAUCUGCUCCAGGCCAUGCGCCUGCUCCGCCGCGAUCUCAAUGCCGUGUCUACGACACAAGAGACCAGUGUCAUCGCUGUCGUCAUCUCGCUCGCCAUGCACGCCAACUUUGCCGACGCGGUGGCCGAAAGCCGCACGCACCUGCAAGCCCUGAAGCGCAUCGUCCAGCUGCGCCCCGGUGGGCUGGUGGCGUUGUGCGCGGCCGUUCCCGAGCUCGGCAACAAGAUACGCCGCACGGAUGCAGAGUUGGCACUUCGAUCUGGGACGCCGACAAUCUUCGGAUCGCGCCAUCUGUCUCUUCCUGCGCCACUCCAUCAUGUCUCGCUCGGCGACAGGUGGCAGCCUAUCGCUCUGCCGUUCCCGCUCCAAGACGUGUGCAUCGAGCUUCAGCCGGCUAUAAGGGACAUCCUUAUGCUGUGUAGCUAUGCUGGCCGCAGUCAGCUCGGCACCGUUCAGUACCAAGACCUGGUGAUCUCCAUCGUCCAGCGCCUCGUCGACUACGCCCCGCUCGACGGUGCCCGACCGCCACGCCCUCUUGACGACAUAUGCCAGCUGGGGUUCUUGUCUUUCAUGACGACAGUCGUCCAUCGCGAACCACCGAGCAAGCACCCCGAGCUGAACUUGUGGCUCCAUUUCAUCUAUGCUAUGUCCGCAUCGGACGAUUCUGCGCCUUUCCGUCGUGUCGAUUUGCCCACAGCCGACCGCAUCCGUGUUCUGGGCGAGGCGCUCGCAAUCAGAACGUGGGAGGUUGCUGUGGCUCACCUGCGCGUUUACCCCUGGGUCGAGGCGUUUCAUGACGAAAUGGGCAGGGAUAUCUGGGAACAGACUACGUGUAGAUGGCAAGAUUGA